CUCUAUCAGCAUCUCAUUCCUGUCUCAAUAUGUCUCAAGAUGGCGGCCAAUGCAGGAUCGAUGUUUCAAUAUUGGAAGCGCUUUGACUUACAACAACUACAGAAAGAACUGGAUGCCACCGCCACACAGCUCGCCAACAGACAGGAUGAGAGUGAACAGUCCAGGAAGAAACUAAUCGACCUGAGCCGUGAGUUCAAGAAGAACACACCAGAGGAUUUCCGGAAACAGGUUGCCCCUUUGCUCAAGAGCUUCCAAGGAGAGAUCGAUGCCUUGAGUAAGAGAAGUAAAGAAGCAGAGGCCGCCUUCUUGAACGUUUAUAAGAAAAUAAUUGAUGUCCCAGAUCCUGUACCUGUGCUGGAGCUGGCUCAGCAGCUGCAGCUGAAGCUCCAGAGGAUGCACGACAUUGAGACAGAGAACACCAAACUUCGAGAGACACUGGAGGACUACAACAAAGAGUUUGCAGAGGUCAAAAACCAAGAGGUGACAAUUAAGGCCUUGAAGGAGAAGAUCCGUGAGUACGAGCAGUCUCUCAAGAAUCAAGCUGAGAACCUUGCCCAGGAGAAGCAGCUCCAGCUACACAAUGACUAUGCAGAGAAGGAGAGGAAACUCCAGGAGAACCAGGACUCCAUGUCCUCAAGGUUGAAAGAGGCUGAAAACAAGACCCAGUCCCUACAAACAGCACUUGAAACAACUCAGGCCGAACUCUUUGAUUUGAAGACCAAGUAUGACGAGGAAUCCACUGCAAAGGCUGAUGAGAUUGAGAUGGUGAUGACAGACCUGGAACGAGCAAAUCAGCGAGCAGAAGCAGCUCAGAGAGAGGCAGAUUCACUUCGAGAGCAAUUGUCCUUGGGUAACCAAUCCCAGCAGCUCAGCAGUCCAGCCAAAGCUGACCCCGACACGGAACAGGUGGAGGAGGUGGCAUCCCACUCAAGUCUGGAGGCGGAGCUGAGAGCCAAAGAAAGGGAGACUGCCCAGCUGGUAGAGGACGUCCAGAGACUGCAGGCCAGCCUGACCAAACUUAGAGAGACCACCAGCUCCCAGAUCUCACAGCUAGAGCAGCAGCUCAGCAGCAAGACUACCAUUCUCAAGGAACUUGAGGAAAAACUGCAGAAACAAGCUGAUUAUGAGGAGGUGAAGAAGGAGCUGAGUAUCCUCAAGUCUAUGGAGUUUGGAGCAUCUGACUCUGUUCAGGACUCAUCCAAACCUCUGGAGGUGCUGUUGCUGGAGAGGAACCGUAGUCUUCAAUCUGAGAGCGCCGCUCUGCGCAACGCUAACACUGAGCUCAGCGGGUCAGCUGGGCGAAAAGGGACAGAAGAGUCUGCAAUGAAGGAGGAGACCAUGCCCAGCGAUCCCUCUUCCUCGCCCCCUCCUCCCCCUCUCUCUUUUUCUUCCUCCUCCCAGCUCCCAAUGUCUCGCUCUCACACGGACCCCCUCAACUCUGCCACCACCACCAGCGGUGGUGAAACGCACCCUUUCACUCCUACAGGCAUUGGACAGGAUUUCUACUCCCCUGUGUUCCCUCUGGUGGGUGGUAAGAUGGCUUUGAACUCCCUGAUUCAGCGGCAGCUGCUCCAGACCUUCUACUCUAAAGCCUUGCAGGAGUCAUCUGGAAUCCCCAGUGGGGCUCUACUGUUCACCCCCUUCACUCCAACCCUCAGCUCCAUCCCUACCUCCACCCCUGGCUCUGGGUCUGCUGCCAUCCCUCUAGCAGCCAGCAGUCCCCAGCCACCUCCAGCCAGCCCAGACAUAGCUCCUGUUAAUGGGAGCAGUACUGCUGGCAGCGCCCCCUCCCCGUCACCUAGCCACUCUGACGCUACCACAGGGAGUGUUUUGGAUGGGGAGGACAUGGACACAGCAGAGAUUGCCCGACAGGUGAAAGAGCAACUGAUCAAGCACAACAUUGGCCAGCGUGUGUUUGGCCACUAUGUGCUGGGACUGUCCCAGGGUUCGGUCAGUGAGAUUCUGGCCCGACCCAAGCCAUGGAACAAGCUAACCAUCCGGGGGAAGGAGCCCUUCCACAAGAUGAGGCAAUUUCUCGCUGAUGAGCAGAACAUCCUUGCACUGCGCAGCAUCCAGGGACGGCAGAGAGAGGGCUCAGGCCAGCCCCAGCUUAGCCGAGUGUUUCAGGAUGUCCCGAAGCGGAGAGCCCUCUCUGAUACAGCUUCACACACAGGUAACAUUACUGCCCGUGUCCGCACUCCAGAGGCGGGUUCAGAUGAGGCUAUCAAGUCCAUUCUGGAGCAGGCGAAAAGAGAGCUGCAGGUGCAGAAAGCUGACUUGUCUAAUGCUCAAACCUCAUAUGCAGGACUGAAAGGAGGGGGUGGGGGUGGGAUUGGAACUGGAGGGGGCAGUGGAUCAGAUGAGGCCAUCCGCUCCAUCCUAGAGCAAGCACGCAGAGAGAUGGAGGCCCAGCAGGCAGCACUGGAGCCCAUCCUCAAAGCUUCGUCUUCCUCCUCUAUAUCACUGUCUCAGAGGGACCUCCUGAACUCUCCGCUCACUGCCCCUCUACCUCCUUACAACCCUCUGGCUCUCUCCCUCAAGAAACCUCCCAGCUCCCUCUUGUCCUCACCCUCAUCCCCAUCUCCCAUCCUCGACUUCAGCUGUAACGUGAAGAGAGAGGGCAGAGCUUCUUCAGGGAUUGACAUGUCCACUGACGGAGGUCUCAGGCUGGGUCGCAGCUCUGAGAGUUCAGGCCGCUCUGGAAGUUCUGGGGGUGUGGGUUACUGGAGAGAGCAAUGGUGGAGCAACAUGCACACAGACCCCCGCAGGACCAUAUCGAACCAGAUAGGAGAGGAUAACUACAACCAGGAGGACUCCAAAGAGGGAAUAUUGAGUGACAGUCUGUCCCGGCACAAACCGUGGAACAAGUUGAACCAGAGGAGCAGAGAGCCAUAUCUCCGCUUGCAACCGUGGCUCAAUGGAGACCAGGGACAAAACACAAACAUGAUCCAGCCUGUUCAGAACCAAGCAGAGGGUACUCCCAAGACAUCAGCAAGUUGCAGCCCCGCUCCAGAGUCGCCCCUUAGUUCAACCGAAGAGUCUGUCAAUGGUCUCUCUGGGGAUCCACUGGCCUCACAGUCCUCCAGUGUCAAACCUCCAUCUGAUGAUCCCUCUGGUGGGGAGUCUCAGCCCGGCACCCCGCUGCCUCUACCUGGUCACUCUGGUCUCAGUAUCCAGGAGCUGGUUGCAAUGUCCCCUGAGCUUGAUACUUAUGCUAUCACCAAGAAGGUUAAGGAGGUGCUGACUGAUAAUAACCUUGGCCAGCGUCUGUUUGGGGAGACUAUCCUGGGUCUGACUCAGGGUUCUGUCUCAGACCUGCUGGCCAGGCCCAAACCUUGGCACAAGCUCAGUCUGAAGGGCAGGGAGCCCUUUGUCCGCAUGCAGCUGUGGCUCCAGGAUCCACACAGUGUGGAGAAACUCAUGGACAUGAAACGCCUGGAAAAGAAAGCCUACAUGAAGAGGCGGCUGAGCUCCCUGAGUGAUAGCCAUUCUGUGGACGGGGGCUUGGUGGCGACAGAUUACAUGCAGGGCUCCCAGAGUCCGGGACAGCAGCAUCUGAAGAAACCCAGGGUGGUGUUGGGCCCUGAGGAGAAGGAGGCCCUAAAAAGGGCUUACCAGCAGAAACCCUACCCCUCUCCUAAAACCAUCGAGGAGCUGGCCUCCCAGCUAAAUCUGAAGACCAGUACUGUCAUCAACUGGUUUCAUAAUUACAGGUCACGUAUUCGGCGAGAACUCUUCAUAGAGGAGAUACAGGCUGCUGGAGGGGUAGGAGGACCUGGCAGUGAAGGGGGCUCUCCUUCCCUCCGUGGGUCCAAAUCAGGAGAGGGGGACAGCUGCGAUGGGACAGAAUCUGAGGGCACAAUGGAGUUACGCCAGGGACUGGGCAUUAGCCUGGAUGAUCACAGAGGAGCAUGCAAAGACCACGAUAUGGAGGCUGACUCUGAGGCAGGGGGCUCUAAUAACUCCCCUGCUCAGAUAGACUGCAUCACCUCAGGCUUAGCCGGGCCAGGCUCCAGCUGUGGACAGGCUGGACUGGCGCUCUUCAGCCUCACAGAAGCGUCCUCCAGCGGCCAUGCCUCUAGUACUAACAUCCCAGCCUCUGGCCCUACCAGAAACCCCAGGGACAACAAUUUGCGCAAGAAGAAAGCAGCCAAUCUCAAUAACAUCAUCCACAGGCUGGAGAAGGCUGCCAGCAAAGAGGAUCCCUCAGAGUGGGAGUUCUAGCUACUCCUGACCAUCCUUCAACCCUCUUGUUUCAUAACCUCACAACCUCUAACCUUGGACCCCUCCUGCUCUGUUCCAGUCGGAGAGUGGACACAGCCAAAGUCAAGCUCAGCAGCCAUUUUUAUUAAAUAGAAGCUUUCCGCAGAGAGGAAAGAAACAAAGAGUGGUUGGCAAAGCCCUUAAAAAGAAGAUUUACUGAAUACCUAGAAGAACAAAAUAAGAGAACAUAAGUGUCUCCUUUUUUUAAACUGAGUUUUGUUUUUGUACUGAGAAAAGCACUUAGCCGUCCUGCUGGCCUCUGGCCCUGCUGUACCUCCCCCUAUCACCAGCCACUGGUGCACCAGACUGGUUAGUCCUGAGCUGGGGUCUGACCCACAGCUGGGGUUGAAACCUGGACUCAGUAACACAGGCAAGGCCUGACACAGCAGCUGUCACAGUGAUAGACACUGAUAGAUGAUAGAUAGAGACAGGAACUCUCUUACAAGAACUCUCACUUUCUUAAAGGAGAUUUUUUCCGCUCUUCUUCUCACCUCCCAAGUGUCCACAAACCUCCCCUCACUCAGUGAGACGCCUCAUUUUCACACUGUAGAGUGACUGUUACAAACCCUUUGCCUUUUUCACUCACUGCGUGUGUGUUUGUAUGUCAGGGGUUGUGUCAGUGUGCACCUGUGUGUG